GACCGGCUUCAUUCAUUCAAAAGUUUAUAUUAAUUCAACACAUAAAAUGACAGGAAAAAAUUUGUUGUUGAUUGGUAGCGGAGGCAGGGAACAUGCUCUGGCCUGGAAACUUCAACAAAGCAAAAAUGUUACCAAAAUUUUUGCAUUUCCUGGGUCUAUCGGAAUAUCAAAACUAGAAAAAGUUAUUCUAUUAAAUAACAAUGAGAUUAAUCUCAAUGAUUUCAAGGGCAUAGCGUCAUGGUGCAAAAUCAAUCACAUUGACCUAGUCAUAGUUGGACCGGAAGAUUCGCUUGCAGAAGGAAUCACAGAUGAACUCAAAACAGCAAAUAUUCAUUGCUUUGGUCCAUCAAAAGCUGGCGCGAGGAUUGAAUCAGAUAAAAGUUGGUCGAAAGACUUUAUGAUUAGACAUCAGAUUCCAACAGCUCGAUAUGGAUCAUUUACAGAUGCGUCAAAAGCAAAAGAGUUCAUUCGAAACACGCCAAAUGCUCUUGUAGUUAAAGCUAGUGGAUUGGCAGCUGGUAAAGGUGUCAUAGUAGCAGAAAAUGUUGAAGAAGCAUGUGAAGCUGUUGACGAAAUUUUAGGAGACCACAAAUUUGGAACAGCAGGUGAUGUGGUUGUAGUUGAGGAAAAACUUUCAGGUUUAGAAGUUUCUGUUUUGGGAUUUGUUGAUUCUAAUUCUGUACGAAUCCUUCCUCCUGCACAAGACCACAAAAGAUUAAAAGAUAAUGACAAAGGUUUAAAUACUGGAGGAAUGGGAGCAUAUUGUCCAUGUCCAUUAAUCAGCCAACAAGAACUUGACAUCGUUAAAAGUCAAGUCUUACAACGUGCUGUUGAUGGACUAAGGAAAGAAAACAUUAAAUAUAAUGGCAUUCUUUAUGCAGGAAUGAUGCUAACACCCGAUGGACCGAAAACAUUAGAAUUUAACUGUCGUUUUGGUGAUCCAGAAACUCAAGUAAUUUUACCGUUGCUGGACGAAGAUUUAUACGAUUUAAUGAUGGCAUCAUGUACAAAUCAUUUAUGUAAUGUUCCGGAACUAAAAUUUAAAUCAAACAUAAAUGCGGUAGGUGUUGUUAUGGCAUCAAAAGGAUAUCCUCAAACAUCAACAAAAGGAUGCGUGAUUGAUGGAAUUGAAAGUGUUGAAACGAUGGAUAAUCACAUCGUUUUUCACAGUGGUACAUCCAGAAAUGAAAAAAAUGAAUGGAUUACAAAUGGAGGGCGCGUUUUAAUUAACAUUGCUUUAGCCGAUAAUUUGAGAAAGGCUGCUGAAUUAGCAACCAACGCUUGUCAUGUCAUUAAAUUUGACGGCUCACAAUAUCGUCACGAUAUUGCAAAAAAAGCUUUCCAAAUACAUGCAUUGACCUACAAAGAAAGCGGCGUUGACAUUGAAGCUGGAAAUUCUCUAGUUGGAAGAAUAAAAUCUCUAUCAUAUGGCACUCAUCGAAGUGGAGUUGUAGGUCAAAUUGGUAGUUUUGGCGGUCUCAUGAGACUUAAUGACAUUAAAUAUAUCAAUUCAAAUGGUGAAGAGUCAAAUUACAAAGACAUCGUUUUAGUACAAGGAACUGAUGGAGUUGGCACAAAACUAAAAAUUGCUGAAUCAAUGAAUGUUUGGGAUACUAUUGGCAUUGAUUUAGUAGCAAUGUGUGUAAACGAUGUACUGUGUAAUGGAGCAGAACCUAUUGGAUUUCUUGAUUAUAUUGCUUGUGGUUAUUUAGAUGUUCCAACGGUUGCAACAAUCGUCAAAGGAAUUGCAGAUGGUUGCCGAAAGUCAAAUUGUGCAUUGAUUGGAGGAGAGACAGCAGAAAUGCCAUCAAUGUAUGGAAAAGGAAACUAUGAUUUGGCUGGAUAUUGUGUUGGAAUUACAGAGUAUGAUGAAAUUUUGCCAAAAAUUAAUGAUAUUCAUGUUGGUGAUGUUGUCAUUGGAUUACCAUCAAGUGGUAUCCAUAGCAAUGGAUUUUCGUUGGUUAACAAAAUUUUUGAACAAACUGAUUUCAAAUUAACUGACGAAGCAGAAUUUAGUGACUCUCACAAAUCAUAUGGUAUGGAGUUUUUAACACCAACAAGACUUUAUGUCUCUGAGACUCUUCCAUUCCUUCGUAAUGGUUAUGUAAAAGCUUUAGCUCACAUAACUGGUGGAGGUCUUCUAGAAAAUAUUCCUCGAAUUUUACCAAAUAAUUUGUCAGUUCAGAUUGAUGCGCUUACAUGGAAAAUGCCAAAAGUUUUUAGCUGGUUAGCAGCACAUGGUAAUGUAGAUGCUAAUGAAAUGUUGAGAACAUUUAAUUGUGGAAUAGGAAUGAUUAUUAUUAUGCCACGAAAUGAUAUUGAAUGGGAAGCUAUUCCUGAAGCUCGAAUGAUUGGCAGUGUAACGCAACGAGAUCAUAAUGGUCCGCAAGUGAUUGUAAAAAAUUUUAAAGAAGUCUUACAUAAAGAUGUAGCACAUUGGAAAAAAACAGAUGCAGAAGUAACUUCAAUUUGUUAUAAAGAUAGUGGAGUUGAUAUAACUGCUGGAAAUGAGCUUGUUGAUAAUAUAAAACCACAUGCAAAAUCAACAAAUAGGAAAGGAGUGCUUGGUGGUCUUGGCUCAUUUGGCGGAUUAUUUAGAAUAAGUGAGUGUGGAACAAAAUUUAAAGAUCCCAUGCUUGUAUUGGCAACAGACGGUGUAGGUACAAAAUUAAAAAUUGCUCAAAAUUUCGGUAAACAUGAUACUGUUGGGAUUGAUUUAGUUGCAAUGUGUAACAACGAUAUUUUAUGUAAUGGAGCAGAGCCUUUGACAUUUUUAGAUUACUUUGCAUGUGGAAAAUUGGAUGUAAGUGUUGCUACAAAUGUUAUAUCAGGUAUUGCUGAGGGAUGUCGCCAAAGUGAUAGCACAUUAUUAGGAGGCGAAACAGCAGAAAUGCCUGGAAUGUACAAACCAAAUGAAUAUGACCUAGCUGGGUUUUCUCUUGGCAUUGCCGAACAUGAAGAUAUUUUGCCAAGGAAAAAUUGUUUGGAAGUUGGUGACAUCAUAAUAGGAUUUCCAUCAAAUGGUGUCCAUAGCAAUGGAUUUAGUUUAAUCCACAAGCUUUUUGAAUUGACUGGUUACAAAUGGACUGAUAUUGCUCCAUUCAGUGCAUGCGGAAAGACAUUUGGUGAAGAAUUUCUAGAGCCAACAAAAAUUUAUGCUAAACAAAUUUUACCAGCAUUAAAAACGGGAUAUGUUAAAGCUCUUGCACAUAUUACAGGUGGUGGAUUGUGGGAUAACAUUCCGCGAGUUCUUCCAUAUAAUCUAACAGCAGAAUUAGAUGCAAAAAAAAUUAACAUUUCACCUGUUUAUGCAUGGUUAUCAUUAAAUGGCAACAUUGAUAAGUUAGAAUUACUUAAAACCUUCAAUUGUGGCAUUGGAAUGAUUAUGAUUGCAUCUAAAGAACAUGAAUUAGAAAUUUUCAAAUCACUUUAUGGAUCAAAAGCUUCUGUUAUUGGAAAGAUAAUCCCUACUAAGCCUCAUGGACAUCAAGUUAUUGUGAGACAUUUUGCAACAUGUUUCGAACGUGUUGAACGUUUACUGACUAUUCCAAAAAAACGUGUUGGUGUAUUGAUUUCUGGUAGCGGAUCAAACCUUCAGGCAUUGAUUGAUGCCACGAAAAAUACUUCUAUGGGAAUGUGUUCAGAAAUUAUUUUUGUUCUGUCUAAUAAAGCCGGAGUUUUUGGAUUAGAGAGAGCUGCAAAGGCUAAUAUCCCAUCUAGAGUGAUAAGCAAUAAAGAUUAUGCAACACGUGAUUCAUUUGAUGAAGCUUUACAUAAUGAGCUGAUCAAGCACAAUGUUGAAAUUAUUUGCCUUGCUGGCUUUAUGCGAAUUUUGACACCAGGUUUUGUGAAUAAAUGGAAAGGAAAAUUGUUAAAUAUACAUCCAAGUCUCUUGCCAAAAUAUAAAGGCAUUACGGCUCAAAGAGAUGCCUUAGAGUCUGGAGAUAACGAAACAGGAUGUUCAGUUCAUUUUGUCGAUGAGAAUGUUGACACAGGUGCCAUUAUAGUCCAGGAAAUCGUUCCAAUAUUGGAAAAUGAUACUGUUGAAUCUCUCACUGAAAGAAUACACGUAGCAGAACAUAUUGCAUUUCCUAAAGCAUUACGCUUAGUUGCAAGUGAAUACGUCCGAUUGAAUGGGCGUGAAACUGAAUGGGUUUAAAAAAAUUUUUACUAUACAAUUUCGAACGUAAAAAUUCAAUAUUUUGGCUUUCAAAUUUGUUUUGAUAUAUUAAAGAUAACUUCUAUCUAUGUUGCUUUUUUAAAGACAAACUGUUAAAAAACUAUAAACUAGUGCAUCGGGUAGAAACCCAAUGCGGACAUAUUCACACCUUUCGCAUCGAAAAUAUUAUUAAUAGGCUUAUCGUUUACGACAUAUCAAAAAUCAAAGCUUCAGUAAAAAGCAAAGCUUAGAUACUCAAAUAGAAAAUUAUAUUAUAAUAUUUUCAACUCAGGCUCCGUUUUUUUCAUAGAUCAGACUCAGCAUAGCUUACAAUCUUGGAUAGUAUUGCAAAUUCCGCUUUAUUUCAGUUGCUACUCCGUAAUCAAUCUGGUAAAUAGACCAGGCUUUAUCAUAGCAUAUAAUCAUGCGUUGUUAACAUUUAAUGUUCAAUUUAAUAAUACUUGGUGAGUUCGCUGAGCUUUGCUAAGUAAAUGUUUAAACAUUUAUACCUUGACGAAACAUUCUUAAGAAAUUCUGCUUAUUUUUUUUUUAUUCAAAGUUCAGUUUCAAAAAAAAAUCAUAGUGGUUAUUAAAAUGUGUAAGAAAUGAAGGUAUAUUGGGGAUAUUGCUUUU